UUAUAAUAAAAAAACUGCCGGCAAAAAUUAGCCACACAAUAUCAGUGUGUGGGUAAAGUCAUUUACGUUUGUGUAGGUUUUUUUUCCCAAUAUCCAACACCAAAUUGCUAUCUUUGGCUGUCCCCCCUGUUCUCAUUCAUCAUCCCCACCACCAAGGGGUGUACGUCCCUUAUCGUUGACGGUGCACUUGGUACCAUCUCGUAGCGUUUGUGUGCGCUCCCCAGAUAGAUUGACGACAUAAAACCGACCGGCGUUUGUUGCUGAUGUGGCCCGCAUUUUGACCGCAAAUCAAAGCCAUCCUCCCCUCCAAACCCUCUAUCGGUCACUGUCGGCGGCUGGUAGCGAGCAUCAGUUAAGGCAAACGGGACAACCCCAUCAUCCUUCAACGACGUCCCACAAGCAUAGAAAUCUCUGUGUCUUUAAUUGAUCAAUUGGGCGACCCCAAAUCCGCCCAGUCACUGUCACGAUAACAGUUUGUGAUAACGUUCAGUUUACGGCACAACGCGCUCGAAGCAACCAGCUUUGUCAGUGGUCAGUGCGAACUUUGGUGCGAAUCAACGGAACGGUUUCCAUUCCUUCACUAACCCCCCCACGCACCCACGAUGGACACGCAGCGGGUGGCACUGAAGCUGAGCGACAUUUCGCCAAAGUUCACGGAGGAAACGCUGGACGAGAUAGUGCGGUGUGCGGGCGGGAAGCGCUGCACGGGCUGGAAGAUACCGGAAACCAACUUCACCAAGGGUGACGCGUACCUGAGCGAGCUGUACCGCAUCCAGCUGACCGGGGAGCCGGCCGAACCGGGCCGGGACGAACCGCUGGUGGUGAAUGUGGUCGUGAAAACGAUCCCGAAAAAUGUGGGCCGCCGGAACACGUUCCGGUCGGCGGACUUUUUCCGCAACGAGGCCAACUUUUACAACGUGGUGCUGAAGGAGUUGUACCGCUUUCAGGACGCGCGCAAACCGACCAACCCGUUCAAGGACAUUAACCCAUGCUAUGUGGCGUACACGGACGGGGUGAACGAUUUCGUCGCGAUGGAAGACCUUGGCCAGUACGGGUACAAGACGGCUUCAAGAGACAAAGGUGUCGAACUAGCCGACUGUCUGCGCUGUAUCUGCUCGAUGGCACGCUUUCACGCCCUCUCGUUCGCGAUGAAACAGCAGGACCCCGAGGCAUUCGAACGUAUCGUCAGCCAGCUCGAGGAAACGUACUACAGUGCAGCGCUAGAAUCGUGGCACGGCCCGUUCAUGCAGCGGAUCGUGGACAUCUGCAAGGAAGCGCUGGAGAUCGAGUGCACGGAAAGUCCCGACCGAUACACGGCGAACUUUAGGCGCGACGCCCAGGCAUUCCUGAACAGCCCGAUCUACGGCAUGAUGGUGGGGCUGGCAAACACCCGCAACCGGUACGCGGUCAUCACGCACGGCGACUGUUGGCUGCCCAACUUCCUCCUCCGCCCGGACCAGGUGCGCAUGAUCGACUUCCAGAUGGUGCGGUGCGCCUCGCCCGUGCUCGAUCUCGUCCUGUUUGUGUACUGCUGUACCGAUCAAGCGCUACGGGACACACACUACGAUCAGUUGCUGAGCGCGUACUAUCACGCGUUCGCCGAACUGCUGGCCGAGCUAGGUACGGAUCCGCAGGCGACGUUUCCGUCGAGCGUGCUUGCGGGCGAGCUGCGGCAGUUCGGCCGGUUCGGGUGCGGGAUUGCGGUCGAAUCGAUCCCGCUGGCCCAGCUGGACGAGUCGGAUGUGCCGGAUCUGGACCGUCUGGAGGGUACGGAACCGGUACCGCUCGAUCAAAUACUGACGGUCCGAAGCAUCGGGACGCAGUACGGCAGGCGCCGGCUGGUGGACGUGCUGCGCCACGCGUACGAUCGUGGCUAUUUAUGAAGCAAGUGCACGCUGUGGUGAGUGAACACGGGCACAACAGCUGCAACAAUCUGGCGGUAGUUUAUUUCUUCGAUUAUUUCUAAUUUACUUUAUUGAUAGUUUGGGGUUUCUGAUCGGGUUACUGCACGGUUGCAGUGGUUUAGCAAAUGGGUGUUUAUCAUCGGCAUUCCCUCUCAGUGAGCUUUGCGUAUUUGGGAGUUUUAGUUGCUUAGUCUUACGGUUUCUUGUUUUUGUAUUGUAUUAUCGUCUUUAUCUUGUCCUUUGUUGUCUACUUGUACCAACGGAACCCCUUCAACAUUAGAAAUGUUUUUUUUUGCUUUUCUUCUCCUUUUUACAAUUUUCCAUCGAUGCAGAAUCUUCAAAAUUAAUAACGGCGCUUCACAGUUUUCUGAAGCUUUCUUACGCUUUAGUUUAUGCUUUAGUUUUAUGACUUUUUUCUUAAUUUUUUUAAUCAUCGUUUCAUAUUUUCUUAUGCAAUAUGUCAAUUGAAAAUAAGUCUUCCGUUUUAUAGCUUUACUUGCCUGUCUUUUGCAAGUUUAAAUGUUCCAUCAUAGAGAAAUAGAGUGAAAGAAACAAACUUUACUAAGCCUAUAGUAAUUGUGGAUGCUUGAUCCUUCGUUUAAAUCAUUUAUCCCGGAUGUCUGGAACAAAACUUCUGCAUUAUGGAGAAAUUUUAACUAACUGUGUUUAAGAAUUUUAAGAAACUAUAAGUAACCAUUUACCAUUCAACAGAGCAAUAGAAAGUGUAGCAAUUUUAGCACAAGGUUGCCUGUUUUGCUGUGUUCUGGGAAUCGUUUCGGGAAGUCCAUUCGAUUCAAUUACGGGAUGCGUUUGUUUUUCUCAACUCCCGUUCUUUCGCGCCAUUUUUUCUCUCCCAUUUUCAUCACACGGUUGGGUUAACAUAGUUGGAUUAUAGAUUUUAGUAGGAUUUGUUUUAUUUUCUUUUCUGCAGAACAAAUAAACGUUACAUUAUUAUACGAUAUUACAUUCCAGUCACUUCUGCACAGCCCCGCACCAUCCCCACGGAUAGCAGGGGGACGGUGCGGUAUUAUGCUGAACUACACCCAAAAAAACCAAACAAACAAAACAACCCUUAAAUCGAGAGACACCUGAUGAAGAAACAAAAAACCCAUAAGCAUGUAUAAAGUUACGCUCGAGCGUGUUUUAACUCGGUAAUACAUCAUUAAGCGUCGUGGUGUGCUCGCGCCUGCCUGCCUAACACCUAUUGAGCGUUAGGAACCGGUUGGAAAGAAACGUUUUUGUUUUGUAAAAGAAAGUUCGCACUUUUUCAUCAACAUUGCUUGCUCAACGAGAAUGCGGAGAGGAUUCGUUUGUUUCACAUGUUGUUUGAUCCUGAUUUAGCAAGGAGAGUUUAAUCUACCCAGAUUCGUGUAAAUCCUUCGUUUCAUCGAUCGAAACGAUAUUAAAUUAGUGCAUUAGAUUGCUUUUCAUUCAUUCCACCAUUCAUUCAUUAGCAUUAGCAUCAUCAUUCAUUAUUUGUUUUUUUUUGUGGUUUGGUUAAGCUUUCCUUUUGGCGCACGCAAAUCA